AUGGUGACAGGGGGAAUGGCAAGCAAGUGGGAUCAGAAGGGUAUGGACAUUGCCUAUGAGGAGGCGGCCUUAGGUUACAAAGAGGGUGGUGUUCCUAUUGGCGGAUGUCUUAUCAAUAACAAAGACGGAAGUGUUCUCGGUCGUGGUCACAACAUGAGAUUUCAAAAGGGAUCCGCCACACUACAUGGUGAGAUCUCCACUUUGGAAAACUGUGGGAGAUUAGAGGGCAAAGUGUACAAAGAUACCACUUUGUAUACGACGCUGUCUCCAUGCGACAUGUGUACAGGUGCCAUCAUCAUGUAUGGUAUUCCACGCUGUGUUGUCGGUGAGAACGUUAAUUUCAAAAGUAAGGGCGAGAAAUAUUUACAAACUAGAGGUCACGAGGUUGUUGUUGUUGACGAUGAGAGGUGUAAAAAGAUCAUGAAACAAUUUAUCGAUGAAAGACCUCAGGAUUGGUUUGAAGAUAUUGGUGAGUAG